UGGACGAAUUCACGGCUCGCGCAAAAUAUUCCGCCCGCAGGGGGGUGCAGCGCUGCCGACCUGGACCGGGACGGACAGGCUCCACUCGCUCGCGCACUACACGUCAGAGGGGUAUUUUUUGUGUGGAACGAGGGUGUGGCGGUGUGGAUAUCGGGACAGUUCGUAGUCUUUCGCUUUUCCAGGCUUUUUUUUAAAGGGGAUAAUAUCGCUAAGCGGCUGUACUCGAACCGGCAGGAGUGUGAUGAGAGGAGACACAGCGCCCCCUGUCUUCCUGUAGCUGAGUGGCACUCAGCACCCCUUCAGCGUUCGGGGGGUACAGAUCCCCCCCCAAAACCUUUGUGAGAUUCCAGACUGGUCCCCUGUACUGCCCUCUGCUCUGGCCCUUCCCCCCCCCACUGACCGUACCCAGCAGAGCGAGGCCCAGGACGAAGAGGAAGAGGAAGAGUGAGAGGAAGAGGAGGGGGGCGGAGGCGUCAUGGACGACAUCUUCACCCAGUGCCGGGAGGGCAACGCCGUGGCCGUCCGUCUGUGGCUGGACAACACGGAGAACGACCUCAACCAGGGGGAUGAUCACGGGUUCAGCCCCCUGCACUGGGCGUGUCGGGAGGGCCGGUCGGGCGUGGUCGACAUGCUGAUCAUGAGGGGGGCGCGCAUCAACGUGAUGAACCGCGGAGACGACACGCCCCUCCACCUGGCGUCCAGCCACGGGCACCGCGACAUCGUGGCCAAGCUGGUCCAGUGCAAGGCCGACCCCAACGCGUCCAACGAGCACGGAAACACACCCCUGCACUACGCCUGCUUCUGGGGACAGGACCUGGUGGCCGAGGACCUGGUUACUAACGGCGCCCAGGUGAGCAUCUGUAACAAAUACGGAGAGACUCCUCUGGACAAGGCCAAGCCCCACCUGAGAGACCUGCUGAAAGAGCGUGCAGAGAAACUGGGCCAGAGCCUGACGAAGGUCCCGUUUAAGGACAGCUUCUGGAAGGGCACCACUCGAACCCGCCCCCGAAACGGCACUCUGAACAAACUUGCUGGAAUCGACUACAAGCAGCUGUCUCUGCUGACCAAGAUCAAUGAGAACCAUUCAGGAGAGCUGUGGCAGGGUCGCUGGCAGGGCACAGAGAUUGUGGUGAAGGUGCUGAAGGUUCGAGACUGGACCACCAGGAAGAGCCGCGACUUCAACGAGGAGUAUCCCAAGCUCAGGAUAUUCUCCCACCCCAACGUGCUGCCCAUGCUGGGGGCGUGUCAGUCUCCUCCCGCCCCCCAUCCAAUCAUCAUCACGCACUGGAUGCCCUACGGGUCCCUCUACAACGUUCUGCACGAGGGCACCAACUUUGUGGUGGACCAGACCCAGGCGGUGAAGUUUGCUCUGGACAUCGGCGCUGGGAUGGCCUUCCUGCACACCCUGGAGCCCAUGAUCCCCCGACACUGCCUCAACAGCAAGAGCGUCAUGAUUGAUGAGGACAUGACAGCCAGGAUAAGCAUGGCGGACGUGAAGUUCUCCUUCCAGUGUCCCGGCCGCAUGUACUCCCCCGCCUGGAUGGCCCCGGAAGCCUUGCAGAAGAAGCCGGAGGACAUCAACCGCAGGUCGGCGGACAUGUGGAGCUUCGCCGUGCUGCUGUGGGAGCUGGUGACCCGGGAGGUGCCCUUCGCUGACCUCUCCAACAUGGAGAUCGGCAUGAAGGUUGCCCUGGAGGGACUGCGCCCCACCAUCCCCCCGGGCAUCUCGCCCCACAUCUGCAAGCUGAUGAAGAUCUGCAUGAACGAGGACCCGGCCAAGAGGCCCAAAUUCGACAUGAUCGUUCCCAUCCUGGACAAGAUGCAGGACAAGUGAACCCCGACCCCCGACCCCGGACCCCGGACCCCGGACCCCGCUCCGGGCCCAGCAGUGUCCCGGGGGCGAACACCAGCAUUGCCUUAAAAAAGACACCGCACCACUACGCCACCCCUCCCUGCGCCGCUCGAACCCUUAGCUUCCCGAGCGUCUGGCUGCACGCCGUACUGCUUUAUUAAUACCACUUUACUGGUUUUGUUGUUAGUACCGCUUGUUGCUGUUUUGUUUUUUUUUUUUACAGAAAAGAGCACUGUUGGCUUUUAUACAUUUCUUUCUCUUCUUUUUCUUUUUUUUUAUUAUGGGAAACCAUGUGUCAUUAUUGCCUUGGGGGCAAUGAGCUCAGCAUUUCAUGUUCUGGGGGGGGGGGGGGGGGUUCAUGUUUUUUUUUUUGGAAACUCACCAGACCUGUGUCUGACUUGCGUUUAAACAGCUUUUAACCCUUUAGUUGCUGGGUAAGUUUCGAUAAUGCUUCUGCAGAUUCUUGGCCAUUUUCAAACCAACGUGUUACUGACCAAAAUGUACAAUCAUGUGAAAGACCACGGCUGUUUAUUUUUAAAUUGUUAUUCAUCUGCUGGAAUUUUACUUGCGUCUAGAUGGUGGAACUAUUUCAGUUGAUUAUUUAAAUUCAGCCUAAACUCAGUCCAGCCCUUCCUGAUUGGCGGGUUGAUUGACAGAUUGUCUCCCCAAACCUUUUUGAUGAUCAAAUUACCCUUCUGAAGAGGAAAAAUAAAAUUUGAGGGGCCCUGGUGUCUGGAAAUGGACCCAAAGUAGAUGGGCGUGUGUGGACAUGCAGUGUCCUCUUUUUACAUGGUUCUUCAGAUAACUGAAAAUAACCCAGCUAUUGGGUUGGGCUGGGCUGUUGGGUUGAGCCUGUGGCAGACAUGGUGGCCAAACAGCAGGGUAGUUGGAGCCACACUCAGGCAUCCAUGUCAAAACCUUCAGUCCAGAGAAUGGAGAUUAAUUAUUCACACAAAUUCAUGAACUGCAUACAGGAAGUGACAUCACUUUUACCCCCUUUCGUAUGAAAUGGCCUCUUAUUUAACUGUGCCACACUUAGACAGGUUGAAUGAACUCUAAUGACUGAGCCGCGUGUGACUUCUGUUUUUAUUUUAUUUUAUUUUAUUUUAUUAUUGGGGGGUGGGUCGGCAUGUGCACAAUUCUAUAUAUAAUGUUUUAGAGGAACUACAGGACACAUGAUGGCCCUGGCUGGGUGUUUAAACUGUUCCACGUCUCCAAGACAACAACUGCUUACUGUUUACUUCCGCUUACUGUUCACUGUUUAACCUAAAAGGGAGGGGAUCUUGCCUAUCAUAUCUGAGAUUUAUUUUUGUAUUUCAUAUCUUUGGGGGGGGAAUCGGGCACUUCGGGAGCGGGGCGUCGGGUUAUUUUCAAGGUCUCCAAUCAACUGGAUGCCAAAUGAUUCUGCCCUUCUGCUCGGUUUGAGUGCUCUAAAAAGAUCUUUCUGUUUUCUAUAUUUCGCCCUCAGUAAUUUUCUGGCUUUAAAGAUCGUCAUAUUUGCCACCAUUUUUUAUUCUUUGUUUUUACCGUCUCCCAUGUCGCGGCCUGCUUGUCUGUACUGGACCAGCAGGCAAAAGGGGGGGGAAAGCAUGUCUUAUACAAAUGUGUGUAAUUUAUAUAGACGCAUAUUAAAAGAUAAAAGAGA